GUCCAGAGCGUUCAGUCAUUCAGUGUUGUGGGAGAUGCACUGGAUGCAUUCAGUGACGGCUCAAUCGUGGGGAUUUACUGAAGACUCAUACUGUCAAGAUGCCCUCAUGGAAGACUGUCAAACUCAUCCUUUAUGAGCUUCUGCAGUUCACAUGUCUCUGUAUUCCUGUGUUUGUAGUUAUGGAGCGCUUUGCUUCAGUCAUUCGACUUGUGAAGUCUAGUGACACUGCCUACUGGCUGGUGGUGGCCGCCUCUGUGGCCUAUAUGGCGUCUGCAACCCUGUUUGUGUGGGUUCCUUUGAAAUACUUCAUCCUUAAGACUCAACGGUUCUCAGAAGUGACUAACUGGAGACCUGUUACACUUGCAUAUGUGAUUCUCAGCACUUUACCAUGCUUUGCUAUUAUCAUAGCCAACUCAAAGGUUCAGGUUGACGCUGGCAUUAAGUAUGACCGCUUCACUGAGCUCCCUGUCUCUCUGGUCUUGUUCUCCCUCAUUUGUGUGGACAUAGUGGAGAGAAUUCGCCCUCUUCGUCUGACAGGACAGGCAAGCGGAUUAGAGCUGGAUUUUGAGAUGCCGGGUCCGGUUCUGACUCACUUGGAGCAGGUGACAUCAGUGUCCGCACAGCUGCAGGCUAACGGACGGGACGGCGACACGUCUCCGAGGUCGGCGGUCAGGAACGGGUCACUCUCAGGCCGUUGGGGAGAUGCAGAUGCACACGGCCCAUCUCACACCAGCAGCACGGCAUAUCUCUACUCCUCUCAUUCUCACUCAGGUCCCUUUCGCUUUGUCUGGAUACGAGACCCUCGGCAUGACCUCUUUGUGGCCACCUUCAUGUUCUGGUUUGACACCGUGGAAAUGGUGAGGGUGGCCGGCACUGAUUCGGUGUAUUACUCAGCGUGGGUGUUUCCCAUUUAUAUACUGGCUUAUCUGUCCAUCCUGCGUGCUGUUAUAACUCCAGACAGUCCUCUGCUGGCUUCAUCCAGUGUCCUUUCCCAAGAUUUGCCCUUUCUGGUGGUGCGCAUAUGCCUGCUGGGGGUCUUCGGUUACGUGACCCCCGUGCUGUACAUACUAAAGAACAUUCUUGCUGUGGUAUCUUUUGUGUACUUUGUCUUUAUGACUAAACUAAAGCUCCUGAACAAAAGAAGCAUGUUCUGAGGACAUUGUGGUAAAAAUAGCAGAAGAAAUCCAUACAGAUUUACCGCAACUUGUAAAUAUUUUUCAGUCUCCGAAUGAAAGUGUAUAUAUUUCAUGAUUGUUAUUUUUUGUUUUACAGAUGACCAAAACUAUAGACAAACAUCUGAAGGUUUAGUCAUUCUAUUAAUAUUUAUUGAAAAAUAUAUUGGUAAAUGCUGUUUGUGUUAAUAUUUUGAGUACAUAACAUGUUUUAAAGCUUUCUGUUUUGGUGUUUUUCUAUGCAUCACAAUUCAUGCAUUUUUUUAAAUGAAUGUACAUUUUAAUUCAUUAUGCCAAAUGUCAUUCAAAUUUGUAGAAUAUAAAAUUUUAUUAAGAACAUCUGAUAUUACAAAAGUUUAUUGUUGGAUUUCAUUUCAGCAUAUGAGUGUAGCUACGGUUCAUACUGACUUAAGAUAAUGCAAGCUCAUCUUAUGCCAGAACAUGUUUUGAUCAUGUAAAAACUGAUUGCUUUUCAUAAAAAGCCUGAACAGUAAUACUUUGAUUCUACUUUGAUGCAUAUCAUAAGAUGCAGAGAAGCUUUUGAAUUUCCAUGAUGUUCAGAAAUCCCCUUGCAUCUCAUAAAUGAAUCCUCAUAUUUCUGCAAACCAUAA